AUGGCUAUUUUUUAAUUUUUUAAAUUUAUUAUCCAAUCUAGCUGUUAAUUUUAUUCUUAAGAAGAAGCUACAUGGAGUAAUAAUCUUGUUAAGUAAGCUAAAAAAUAAAAAAUCAAAUCAAAUAGAGUUAAUAAAUAAAAUAAAUAAAUCUUUAAUAAUCCAAAAGUAUUCGUAAAAAAUCACAUUACAAAAAAGCAAAUAAAAUAAAAAAUGUGGACGAUUCAUUAAAUGUUUAAUAGUAAAAUGACUAAUCUGAUAAUGGAUAGUAAAUUAAAAUUAAUUAAACAAAUUUUAGCUAAAAUUAAUUUAUGA